UCCAGACAAGAGUUUGAGAGGAGAGCGAGCGACGGAGCGAAAAACAUGAGUGGGUGAAGUACAUGCUGAUGACAGGACAUCAGAAGCUCCAAAGCUUAACUAUCAACAACAGCUGUCAAAUCGCAAGUUUAGUAAGUUUCGGCAACUUUUGGGGAAACUGUAGCGGUUUCGUUGUAAACCCUCUUUAAGCGUUGUUGAAGUUGCAACCAAGACUAGACUGUUCAAGGACUGCCUGUGGAGAUCUAAACCACAUCUGCACUGCACUGACAAGCGGGGGAACUGCACAAACAAAGCUCGAGUCACCCGUGGGGGUUCUCUUUGUAAUAAGGACAUUGAAUUUAAAAAAGUCCUAAAUCCAUUUGUGCACCUGGAAACAAAUUACACAUGAAGGACUUUAUAUUGAGACGAGAGGAACGGUGACUGAGAGACGGGAAAGUUAAGAGACGAGGGGAGCAGCCAGAAGCGUGAAGAGCACGGGACAUUCAGUCUACCUGAGAAAGAGCUCAGAGAAUGAAUUAGCGCAGAAAGUGUGUCCUGUGUCCCAGCUAAAGGCUUGACUCCUUCCCCAGUGUGAGCCACGCCCAUGGAUGAGGAGAGGAAGCCCCCUGUCAGCUCACCAAAGAGCCCUGAUGAUGGGGACCCAUGUCUCCCUACUUCAAAUGAACAAAACCCCACGGAAACCCCAGCCUCUGCCAUAGAUGUGCACGGAAGCCUGGACCCACUCAUCGAAAGGCCAAAGGUCAAACCAGAGGUGUUGCUAGGGGACAAGGAAAAUGGUAACAACAACAACAGUCUCUCACAGCCAGACCUGACAACACCUAGCAAAAGCAUUACCUGUCAGCCUCAAGCGCGAUCCACCCCCAUGCACCCCACGCAGCCGUGCCUAACGCCACCUAGCAACCAGCUACGCCACGGAGCCAAGGCCCACACACACACACCUCAUAUACACAACAACGGGUGGAGGAACGGAUGUCCCCGUGAUCACCCACAUCCCGGUUCCCUUCCGAGAGCAGCUUCAUCUUCCUCAACGUCUUCAUCGGGGACGAAGAACCCCAAGGAGCUCCAGUCCAACCCAUCCAUCACUUCUCAGAGCAGCAAGAGGAGCAAGAGCUCCUCCAAAAGCAACAGCUCCCAGAUACCUGUGGAGGCGCAGGACGACUGUUGUGUUCACUGUAUCCUGGCCUGUCUGUUCUGUGAGUUCCUGACUCUCUGUAACAUGGUCUUGGACUGUGCCACCUGUGGCUCCUGUGCGGGGGACGAUUCCUCGUGCUUCUGCUGCUGCUGUGCGUCAGAGGAGUGUGGCGACUGUGAACUGCCAUGUGACAUGGACUGUGGGAUCAUCGACGCGUGCUGUGAGUCUGCAGACUGCCUGGAGAUCUGCAUGGAGUGCUGCGGCCUCUGCUUCUCCUCCUGAGCCUCCACACAGACAAACAGCUUCAAGUCAGUAUAGGGCAGGGGUGACUGGUCAAUGCAAGGAUAUAUAAUUGACUCUGACCGAGGUUGAAUGCAGACAUUUUAAAAUGUUGCGGAAAAGCCAUUGGAAAUGACCAAUAAAAGGACAUGGACUAAUAUUGACCAAUCAAAGGACGUGGACUACUACUGGCCAAUCAAAGGACAUGGACUACUAUUUACCAAUCAGUGGACGUGGGCGACUAUUGACCAAUCAAUGGACGUGGACUACUAUUGACCAAUCAAAGGACAUGGACUACUAUGUACCAAUCAAAGUACUUGGACUACUAUUGACCAAUCAAAGGACGUGGACUACUAUUGACCAAUCAAAGGACGUGGACUACUAUUGACCAAUCAAAGGAUGUGGACUACUAUGUACCAAUCAAAGGACCUGGACUGCAAUUGAGCAAUCAAAGGACAUUAACUACUAUUGACCAAUCAAAGGACAUGAACUAAAGUACUAUUGACCAAUAAAAAGGACAUGGACUACGUUUGGCAUUUUCUACUCACCUCUCUGUGUUGCCAUGGUUUGAUAUGGUUUGAUAAGGAGCACUAUGAAUAUUCAGUAUACCUAGUCACGAUCUGUUGCUAUGCAGAUGUGUGCACUGUUUUAUUGCCGUGCUGCUUGUGAUGGUCCUGAACGUCUCGCCUCUCCAAACCCGUUGAACUGUUCUUUUGGACACACCAGCUGUUAUUACAGCAGAAACCCCCGUGCCUCCAAAUUCUCAGCAGUACAAUGAAUGGAUCUCUCCAUGCAUGAAAAUGACCUCGCAGGAAAAUGAGAAAAUGGCUCCAUUUAACAGGAUUUUAGUGUUUCUGUAGAUAAGGGUAAUGGGAAAACGGUUGCUCAGAUCUGAGCAGAACCCUGGUUUGUCCUUGGCAAGGUUAAAGUCUACCAGCGUUAGUGCUAACCGUGUCGUCCUCAGAUUGCACCGACUUUGUCUGCGACGUUUGUCCUGCCAGAGAGCCUGGCUUUAAAUGGCUCUGCUAUAAACCAAUGGACAUGGGUCAACAAUGCUAUGAACAUUUUCAUUCCCCAGCCCAGCGUUAGCAAACUUGAUUUAGCUAAUCCAAUUCUUGAAUGACAAGGUGACGUGUUAAGACAAGUAGGGUAAGUGCUUGCCUGGAACCUUUAGUCUCUCCAGGAUUGAAGAUAGCUGGUGGAAACGGUGGUCGUCAGUGUUUGUCCUUGACUUGCCGGCACAUUUUAGACCCACAUAGCAAUCCACAUCUUCCAAACCCUCCAUCUUGAACAUGUGAAAGGACAGUUCUUUCUCUAAAGGCUUAACUCUGUCUGGGAUUUUUUUUGGACUCUUAGCCAAACUGACUGGAUACUUGUGAUGUUCAUGUUUUGCUGUAAACAGAUUUCCUAUAAUUCUCAACAGACUGAAAGAGAUCAUUCAAUCUCUGGAUGCCUUUUACCUCGUCAACUGUGAACAGAAGGCCUCCCUCUUCUUCACGCCAGGCUUGGAUCCCUUCUUGCGCUGCAGAUUUCUAUUAAUCCAUUUUAUUUUGUGUAGAUUUUAGUUUAGAUAUAUUUGCAUUUCUAUUCCAAUGUGAAAAUCACAUUUCUAUGUUAUCAGUUCCAACCUCACUCCUCAUGAAGCAGUAGUUCUUCAAGGUGUAAUUCGUUUUCCAGACUUUUAGAAUAUCUGGGGUUUUAUGCUAAGUAUGAUUUAUAUGCUAGCAUUUUGAAUGGUACGUAUUUGAGUUUAACGUGUAAUAGAAUACAACAUUCAAACACCUUUCUGCCCAGCAACUCAUGAGAUGUAAUAUAAUUAAUUUCUACUUAGAAAUCAUGUUUUUCUAUUUUCUACCCUGUGGAUCAAGAUCCAUCCCCCCGAUCAAGCUCUCUGUGGUUCCUCACAUAUCAAUGAAAACUGAAGAGAGUUUGUUAAAGCUAAGGCUGCCUCAGCAAUGUUAAUGCAGUGGCUUUAUUUACAUUAUUCAUCCUCUGCCCCCCACACUUCUAAUUCUAAAAUGUAAAAGCAUACCUGUAAAUGAGGCCCGGUAGUAGUUUUAGGUUUUCAUACAGUAGCCAAGACCAGUUUGACUUAAUUUGACUAUUGAUAAAAGAUUAAGGUUAUGAAUACUGAAAUGCAGGCUUAAUGGAAUUCAGCCCUUAAUCUUUAUAUAUGGAUCCUAUAAUCUCUGGAAGGUUUUCAACUUGGUUUUAGAGUAUGACAGGUCUUAUCAAACUACAGUAGCUUCUGGCUUGAUUGAUUCCAAGGUCUUACAGACUUUACAGAUAGGAAAUCUGUAUUGUUUUACUGGAUGUAACUGGUAAUGAGAGACAUGCUGUGUAGAUGUACUGCACCUGUUCUUGCAGACUGAGCUCAUUACAGUUUUGUCUCUCAUUACAAACUAUGUAUAGAGAGCUGUCAUUAUAUACAAACAUGUCAGUUUUGGAUGAAGGCUUUUAAUGGAAAUGAAAACUGGAAAUACCACGUGUGAAUUUGGGAGAUACAGAUUAAUUUGUUUUCAAUGCGCUCAAUAAAACGGGAAGAGUCUAACGUGAUGUGAUGUUGAUGCGUCAAUAGUACUGCCAAAAGAGUGUAUGGUGCAAGUGUUUCAAACAUGGGUAAGCAUAUGUAUUAGCUUCAACUGGUGGAAGCAGUCCAUAAAAGCAUUAUUUCCAAUA